UGUUGUGAAAUGUUUGCCGCAGUGAGGUGUUGACCCGUGAUGAUGGACCGUCACAAAAACCCCUUUACGUGCUAUUUCUGCCACAAGAAAAUCGAAAAUGAUACAGAAAUGGGUCACACUUCUGUCUGCGGCAACGUCCUUAUCCCUUGCCCCAACAAAUGCGGCUCUUACAUCCCCCGCAUGGAAAUGCCCAACCACAAAAAAGAAUGCCUCAACAGACCUGGACGAUCCAUGACAAGACUCACAACCACCACCGACACCAUAGAAACCUACGAUGACGCCCUCAACACAGCUUCUCUAGACAGACGAUUCAACAAUACUUCAACAAGAGACGUACUAGAACGGUUACAACGCGACUUCCAGAAAUUGUCUACACGAUUAGCCAACUACGAGUUAUCGUCGUCCUCGAAUAGCAGCAUCGAUUCCCGGAACAACCAGGACUUAGAUAGAAUCAAAUAUCAGAACCAGAUGCUUCUAGAAUGGAAAAAAGCCGUUGAUUACAAACUGGAAACUCUACAACAGGCGAUGACGUCGUUAGACAAGGCCAGAAGUGAGAGCGAGUACCACUGGCUUAGUCUCCAACAGAAGCUAAGUCUGCUGGAUAAGUUCCGGAUGGAUCUAGACAUCGCAAUGGACACUUUCCUAAAAGAGCAGAACUACAACCGACAAGCUAAUCUCGAAUUUGCUAAGAACUUGGACGAGUUUAAGGACUUGUUUGACCAAGAGAACGCUUCAGUUAACGCCUUAUGGAACGAGCAAAAGGACAUAAUUGAUGAUAUUCGCAAAGAUGUAGACGGUUUAAAACAAGUCAUGGACGAACAGAAAGCAAAGAACGUCAGCGUCAUCUUCGAUAUUAAAACUAUAAGUCAAAUCGCGUCAGAAACGGCUGAAAAGUUGGAAAUACAGGACCGAGAGUUCGCGAAAUUUAGACAGCAAUUUGACCAACUUAAACUCGAUUUGGAAAUACUGGAAAAUUUGGCGUCUGCGGAUGCCAGAACGUCGACACCAGGCCACCUCGUUUGGAGAAUCACCGACUUUGAAGCAAAAAUGUCCAAAUCGAAAUCAUCCAACUCCGUUCUGAAAAGCCCGAUUUUCUACACGCACGAUUUCGGGUACAAAGUCAGGAUCUUAGCGUACUUGAAUGGUCUGAAGAAGUGGAAGGAUCGAUAUGCUUUGGUUUCCAUUCACGUGCUGAAGGGCGAUUUUGACGCCCUUUUGAAGUGGCCGUGUCAUAUUGAAGGAACUGUGUCGCUACGCGACCAAGAAAAUUCGGAAAAUCCGAAGAACUUUGCCAAACACAUCGUCGCGAAAAGGCAAACAGGCGAUGAAGAAAAUGAAGAACCACAAGAAUCUUCAUUUUCGUAUAUCUUUAUACCACAUGGUACUCUCACGAAGUCGCAAUACUUGAAAAACAACGAAGUGUUUCUGGAAAUUCGGAUCGAGCAAAAUAGGAGAUUGUUGACCGAGACGACGUUAUAACUCAUUAUUUAUUUAUUAAAAGUGGUUGAAGAUUUACGAUUUUUGUAAAAAACUUUAUUGAGUGCAAUAAAUAAGAAAAUACA